AAGAAAGAAAUAAAAAGAGUUUCCUUUCUUUCUUUCCCUCUUUAUGCGUUUUCCUUUUCGUGGUUUUCUAGUCUUAUCGAUUCUGACCUCCAUUCUCAUCAACGUAUGCUACUUUACUUGGGACCCACUUCAGCUGUCAAAUCCCCAUUGAUCACACGUACACGUGUCACCGUAACGUGAUACUUGCUCUUUCUCUGUGACUCUUCACGCUAUUUAGACCCUCUUCUUCACAAAACCCCAAUUUCAGAGAAGCACAACCACGCUUCUCUGUUACCAAAACCAAAACCAAAACCUCUGUUUCUUCCUCUCUUAGCUUCUCUUCUGGUUUCAUUUUCCCACAGCUGUGAAAUUGAUGGUUGUUGUUUGGCUGAAAGUCUGAAAUGGUUGGCAAGGAUAACCUGAGGACUGAGGACCUGAACCUGAACUUGUCCUUUGAGAAGCUGAUGAUGGUUGCUGGGAACAGGAACGGUGGUAAAGGAGGAGGGGAUAUGGUGAAGGGUGGGGUGAUCAAUGAAUGGAAGGAUAUUCCUGUGGAGCUUUUGAUGCAGAUUCUGUCGCUCGUGGAUGAUCAAACCAUGAUCCGAGCUUUUGGAGUUUGUCGUGGCUGGAGAGAUGCAAUUUCCUUUGGCCUCGCCCGGUUAUCGCUUUCAUGGUGUAGCAAGAACAUGAACAACUUGGUCCUGUCUCUUGUUCCCAAGUUCAAAAAAUUGGAAACUCUAAUCCUUCGUCAAGACAAGGCUCAACUGGAGGAUAGUACUGUUGAGACUAUUGCAAAUUGCUGUAGAGACCUGCAGAUCCUGGACCUCAGCAAAAGUUUCAAACUUACGGAUCGUUCGCUGUAUGCUAUAGCCCAUGGUUGUGGUGACCUUAUAAAACUAAACAUCAGUGGGUGUUCAGCAUUUAGCGACAAUGCUUUGGCUUACCUUGCUAGUUUCUGCAGAAGAUUAAAAGUUCUGAAUCUCUGUGGAUGUGUUCAAGCUGCAUCUGAUACUGCAUUGCAGGCUGUUGGACAAUACUGCAAUCAGUUACAGUCUUUGAACCUUGGAUGGUGUGAUAAUGUUUGUGAUGUUGGAGUCAUGAGUUUAGCAUAUGGGUGUCCUGAUCUUAGAUCAAUUGACCUGUGUGGCUGCAUUCGUAUAACAGAUGACAGUGUGAUUGCUUUGGCAAACAAUUGCCCUCACUUGAGGUCUCUUGGAUUGUAUUACUGUCAAAACAUCACAGACAGGGCAAUGUACUGCUUGGCACAGAGCAAAGUGAAUAACAGGAUGUGGGGAAAUGUGAAAGGAGCAAAUGAUGAGGAAGGCCUAAGGACUUUGAACAUUAGCCAAUGCACUGCACUCACCCCUUCAGCUGUUCAAGCAGUCUGUGACUCAUUCCCUUCUCUCCACACAUGCCCGGUGAGACACUCACUUAUCAUGAGUGGCUGUCUCAGUUUGAUGUCUGUGCAUUGUGCUUGCGCCGGCCAUGCGCAUCGUGCAAUCACCAUUUCCCUCAUCCUGCUCACUGAAGGCAUGGUUUUUUCCCUACACUUCGAGGAAGUGCCCUUUGAUGGGCUCAGAGAAGUGAUAUAAUUCCCCUCUUGUGGAUAUGUUUGUGUUGGACUAUAUAAGAGACUUUUGGUACAAAUGAGCUGCCAUUUGGUGUUGAAUUAUGCAAGUUAUGCACAACAUUUUGAACCUGUCUCUUUCUGUUUUAAUCUUGUAAUUGUGAAGUUUAAGACAUCUUGGCCGCAAAAACUGCUUGCUCCUAAGUCAUCGGAGUAUAAAUUCAUAGAAAGACGUUGACUUAUGCCCAUGA